AUGGAAGUGAGAAAGAUUGCAGUGAUCGGCGCGGGGAUCAGCGGAUUAGGUGCCAUCAAAUGCUGCUUGGAGGAGGGACUUGAGCCUUUGUGCUUUGAAAAAAGUGAUGACAUUGGAGGACUGUGGAGAUACAAGGAGACACCUGAAGAUGGACGGGCUGGAAUUUAUAAGUCUUUGACCUCCAACACUUCCAAGGAGAUGACAGCCUUCAGCGACUACCCUUUCCCUGACCAUUAUCCUAACUAUCUGCACAACUCCAGAAUGAUGGAGUACCUCAGGAUGUAUGCAAGGCACUUUAAUCUGAUGAAACACAUCCAAUUCCUGUCUAAGGUGUGCAGUGUGAAGAAGCGUCCUGAUUUUUUAUCCUCGGGCCAGUGGGAUGUUGUAGUAGAAGCUGACGGAAAACAGAAAACCUAUGUCUUUGAUGGGAUCAUGAUCUGCAGUGGCCACUACACAGACAAGCACUUGCCUUCACAGGAUUUUAAAGGGAUCCAGAAGUUCAGAGGCAGAUAUCUCCACAGCUGGGAGUACAAGCAGCCAGAUGAUUUUGUGGGGAAAAGAGUGGUUGUGAUUGGCCUUGGAAAUUCGGGAGCAGAUGUGGCUGGUGAAAUCAGUCGUGUUGCUGAACAGGUUUUCCUCAGCACUAGACAAGGUGCAUGGAUAUGGAGCCGAGUUUGGGAUAAUGGGAAUCCUACAGAUGCCACACUUUUCACUCGUUAUAAUAAAACAGUGGAAAAAUUCAUUCCCACAUUUCUGCUCAACAGAUUGGCAGAAAAUAAAUUAAAUUCAAGGUUUAACCAUGCCAAUUAUGGGCUGUACCCCAAACACAGAGUUUUUAGCCACCAAAUUGUUUUCAGUGAUGAUCUGCCAAAGAACAUAAUUACCGGGAGAGUACUGAUGAAACCAAAUGUGAAGGAGUUCACUGCCACAUCUGCCAUCUUUGAAGAUGAUACUGAAGAGGAAAUAGAUGCCAUCGUCUUUGCCACAGGCUACGCCUGGUCUUUCCCUUUCUUGCAGGAUGAGUCAGGAAUCCUGGACAGCCUGAACUCCUUGUUUAAAUUUGUCUUCCCCCCUCAGCUAGAGAAGCCAACUCUAGCUUUCAUUGGCAUGGUUCAAACGGCAGGUGCCAUAAUGCCCACAUCAGAACUCCAAAGCCGAUGGGUUGUUCACAUAUUCAAGGGACUGAAAAGAUUACCCUCAGAGAGUGACAUGAUGGCGGACCUCAAAAGGAGGAGAAAGAAAAUCACAAAAAGGUCUGUGCAAAGUGCAAGAGAUGCACGCCGCGUGCCGUACAUGGACUAUAUGGACGAAAUUGCUUCUGAGUUAGGGGUCAAACCCAAUCUUCUCUCUUUCCUCCUCUCGGAUAUAAAGCUGGCCAAGGAGCUUUUCUAUGGGCCCUGCACUUCAUACCAGUACCGUCUACAGGGGCCUGGGAAAUGGAGUGGGGCCCGGAAAGCCAUCCUGACCCAGAGAGACCGGAUCCUCAGACCCCUUAGCACACGUGUGCCUACACCCUCUAGCUAUCCUUCCUCUAGUGUGUUCUGGCUCAAGCGUAUAUUUGCUGUCAUUUUUCUCUCUGUUCCCAUGUUACUUAUCAUCCAAAUGAUACAUCAUUAA